AUCAACUCUACUGAAAUCUCUAAACUCUCUGUUAGCUGCUGAGAGAGAGAGCGCGCGCUUAGCCAUGGUCGGGAAGAGAGAGAAACCCUAUUAUUCUCGUCAAAUAUCAUCUUCACUAGCUAAAAGAUUAAAACCAGCACCACCACCUUACGAAUCUUCAGAACCAGCUGCUGCUGAGAGUAAUGAUGAAAUACAAUUAGAUGAACAAUUUAACAAACCCACAUCUCAGAAUUCAUCAAUGGUUGUUGUACACAACUUAUCUCACGAUUGUUCUGUUCUAAAUCUCAAAUCUCGACUUGAAAUCUACGGUUCAAUUUCAAGGAUUCGUAUUGAUCAUGGUGUUGGUUACGUUACGUUUCGGUCUAGAGAUUCUGCCGAGGCUUCUGUUAUUGCUUCUUUGGAUCCUGAAUUGGGUAUUACUAUUGAUUCUCAACAGGUCGUGGUAUCUUGGUCAAACAAUCAUUCUCCUAGUUGGAGGGAAGGAGUUGAAAAGAAAUCUCCUACAUCCAGGUUGCUGCGUCCUGAAAUACCUCUUAGAAAACAUGGUAGAGGUAAUAAGCUAAAUAGUAGUAGUAAUACUACAAGAAAUCCUAGAGACGCACCAGACUUGCCUUUCAAAGGACGAGAGAUCAUUGCUUAUGACGAUCUACUUUGAGAAGAAAUCGAGUUCUUCUUUGUAGAAGCUGGAGGAAUCCAACUCAGGGCUGUGCUGGUAGAAGUCACUAGUCAUGAUGCAGCGGUUCAAGCAGAACUGCUUCCUCUGUGACUGCAUUGUUAAGUUAAUGAAAAAAUGUCGUGUAACUAAUGUUUUCUUUUCAUUGCACACUUUGCUGCUGAAACUUGUGUUUCUUGUCAGUUUCCUUUCGUGUUGUAAUCAUGUUUGAGUAGAUAAUGUACCAAUGUACCAUUAAAUGUUAGUUCCAAAAACUAACAUAAAACUGUGGCAAUGAACCAAGUCAGUUGGAUAAUAUAGGGGUUGUGGUUGAGCUCUUAA